AUGAAGUUUGCUUUCACAUCAUUUGUUCUGGCCAUAAUGGCAGCCGGCACCACAGGCUUACAAAUUACAUCCCCUAUGACGGAUGAAUGCGUUGAUCUGAGCCAAGGGCUUCAAAUCACCUGGGACUCUGUCAACACCGACCCGUCGGAGAUCACCUUCAGACUCACCAACUAUAACGGGGCAAGUCCUCCUGUCAACAGGCCCUGGCCUCCUGCCAGACACAGAGAGGUCGUUGUUGAUACUUCCAAGGGGGAACAUUCUUUCCCUGGCGUGUCUCGCGAUGUGGCCAAUGGCCUCACAGACCUGAACGAUGGUAAGGGAUUUGAAAUCUGGGCCGUUUCACUCAACAACCCCGGUGCUCUGGCGCAAUCUGGACAGUUCAGAAUCUCUUCAUCUUGCUAG